CGCUGAGGCCAUGCCCGGCCAGCAGCACUCCUUCAGCGUCCGCCUGUGCCUGCUGCUGUUACUGUCACUGCUGCUGCUGCUGCUCCGGGACAGCCACGCGCGAAACCUGACCGUGGCCGUGGUGCUACCGCUGGCCAACACCACGUACCCGUGGUCGUGGGCGCGCGUGGGGCCGGCCGUGGAGCUGGCUCUGGCGCACGUGCAGGCGCGGCGGGACUUGCUGCCAGGUUGGACGGUGCGCACGGUGUUGGGCAGCAGCGAGAACGCUCUGGGCGCCUGCUCCGACACCGCUGCGCCGCUGGCCGCCGUGGACCUCAAAUGGGAGCACAAGCCAGCCCUGUUCCUGGGCCCGGGCUGUGUGUACGCCGCCGCCCCUGUGGGCCGCUUCACGGCGCACUGGCGUGUGCCCCUGCUGACGGCCGGAGCCCCGGCGCUGGGCUUCGGUGCGAAGGACGAGUACGCGCUGACCACCCGCGCAGGGCCCAGCCACGCUAAGUUAGGUGACUUCGUAGCAAAGUUGCACCGACGGCUGGGCUGGGAGCGCCGAGCGCUUGUGCUUUAUGCCUAUCGGCCCGGGGAUGACCAGCCCUGCUUCUUCGUGGUAGAAGGGCUGUACAUGCGCGUCCGUGACCGCCUUAACAUCACCGUGGACCACCUCGAAUUCGCCGAGGGCGACCAUGACCACUACACGCUGCUGCUGCGCACCGUGCGCCACAAAGGCCGAGUCAUCUACAUCUGCAGUUCUCCGGAUACCUUCAGAACGCUGAUGCUGCUGGCCCUGGAUGCCGGCCUCACUGGGGGAGACUACGUUUUCUUCCACCUGGACCUCUUUGGCCAGAGCCUGCAGGGGAUACAGGGUCCUGCUCCUCACGAGCCCUGGCAGAGAGGGGACGGGCAAGAUGUCAGUGCCCGCCAGGCCUUUCGGGCUGCCAAAAUCAUUACAUAUCAAGAGCCAGAUAAUCCCGAGUAUUCGGAAUUUCUGCGGCAGCUGAAGCACAAGGCCAGUGAGCAGUUCAACUUCACCGUGGAGGAUGGCCUGGUGAACAUCAUCCCAGCAUCCUUCCACGACGGACUCCUGCUCUACAUGCAGGCGGUGAUGGAGACUCUGGCAGGUGGGGGAACUGUGACCGAUGGGGAGGACAUCACCCAGCGGAUGUGGAAUCGAAGCUUUCAAGGUGUCAUGGGAUACCUGAAAAUCGACAGCAAUGGAGAUCGGGAGACCGACUUCUCCCUCUGGGAUAUGGACCCUGAGACUGAUGCCUUCCGGGUUGUGCUGAACUACAAUGGAACUUCCCAAGAGCUGGUGGCUGUGUCAGGGCGCACACUGUCCUGGCCCCUGGGGUACCCUCCCCCCGACAUCCCCAAAUGUGGCUUUGACAAUGAGGAUCCAGCCUGCAAUCAAGACCACUUUUCCAGCCUGGAGGUGCUGGCUGUGGUAGGCAGCCUCUCCCUGCUCUGCAUCCUGGUCGUCUCCUUCUUCAUAUACAGGAAGAUGCAGCUGGAGAAGGAGCUGGCUUCGGAGCUGUGGCGGGUGCGCUGGGAGGACGUGCAGCCCAGCAGCCUGGAGAGGCACCUGCGGAGUGCAGGCAGCCGGCUAACCCUGAGCGGGAGAGGCUCCAAUUACGGGUCCCUGCUGACCACGGAGGGCCAGUUCCAGCUCUUUGCCAAGACUGCAUACUAUAAGGGUAACCUUGUGGCUGUGAAACGUGUGAACCGGAAACGCAUUGAGCUGACACGCAAAGUCCUGUUCGAACUGAAGCAUAUGCGAGAUGUGCAGAACGAACACCUGACCAGGUUUGUGGGUGCCUGCACCGAUCCCCCCAACAUCUGCAUCCUCACCGAAUACUGUCCUCGAGGGAGCCUGCAGGACAUCUUGGAGAAUGAGAGCAUCACCCUGGACUGGAUGUUCCGGUACUCACUCACCAAUGACAUUGUCAAGGGCAUGCUGUUCCUACACAACGGAGCCAUCUGCUCCCAUGGGAACCUCAAGUCAUCCAACUGCGUGGUAGAUGGGCGUUUUGUACUCAAGAUCACUGACUAUGGGCUUGAGAGCUUUAGGGACCCGGAGCCAGAGCAAGGACACACCCUCUACGCCAAAAAGCUGUGGACAGCACCCGAGCUCCUGCGGAUGGCGUCACCCCCAGCCCGGGGCUCCCAGGCCGGCGACGUCUACAGCUUUGGUAUCAUCCUUCAGGAGAUCGCCCUGCGGAGUGGGGUCUUCCACGUGGAGGGUCUGGACCUCAGCCCCAAAGAGAUCAUCGAGCGUGUGACUCGGGGUGAACAGCCCCCCUUCCGGCCCUCGCUGGCCCUGCAGAGCCACUUGGAGGAGCUGGGGCAGCUCAUGCAGCGGUGCUGGGCCGAGGACCCCCAGGAGCGGCCACCCUUCCACCAGAUCCGCGUGACGCUGCGCAAGUUUAACAGGGAGCACAGUAGCAACAUCUUGGACAACCUGCUGUCGCGCAUGGAGCAGUAUGCCAACAAUCUAGAGGAGCUGGUGGAGGAGCGCACCCAGGCCUACCUGGAGGAGAAGCGCAAGGCCGAGGCCCUGCUCUACCAGAUUCUGCCUCACUCGGUGGCUGAGCAGCUGAAGCGCGGGGAGACGGUCCAGGCCGAAGCCUUUGACAGCGUCACCAUCUACUUCAGUGACAUCGUGGGUUUCACAGCCCUGUCGGCCGAGAGCACGCCCAUGCAGGUGGUGACCCUGCUCAAUGACCUGUACACUUGCUUUGAUGCCGUCAUUGACAACUUUGAUGUGUACAAGGUGGAGACCAUCGGCGAUGCCUACAUGGUGGUGUCAGGGCUGCCGGUACGGAACGGCCGGCUGCAUGCCCGCGAGGUGGCCCGCAUGGCACUGGCGCUGCUGGACGCUGUGCGCUCCUUCCGCAUCCGCCACCGGCCUCAGGAGCAGCUGCGCCUGCGCAUUGGCAUCCACACAGGACCCGUGUGUGCAGGUGUGGUAGGGCUGAAGAUGCCCCGUUACUGCCUCUUUGGGGACACGGUCAACACAGCUUCGAGAAUGGAGUCCAACGGGGAAGCCCUGAAGAUCCACCUGUCUUCUGAGACCAAGGCUGUCCUCGAGGAGUUUGAUGGUUUUGAGCUGGAGCUUCGAGGGGAUGUAGAAAUGAAGGGCAAAGGCAAGGUGCGCACUUACUGGCUGCUGGGGGAGCGGGGGAGUGGCACUCGAGGCUGACUGCCUCCCCUCCUGCCCCCCCAUGCCUCCCUUCCUGUGCCAGAGGGCACAGAGAUGCCACGCCUCAGCCUCCUCGACAGCUGCCCCACCAUUGCCAAAGCAUGGGACGCAGAAGUGGUCCGGACAGCACGAGUGUGCUGACCUCGUCAGAAACAGCCAGGUGUGACCUCGGAGAGGACUGGGGUAGCAGCACUCCAAGGUCACAGGACUACGCCCAAGAGCACGGUCACACACGGUGGCACCCUCGCAAGGCACAUACAUGCACUUGACUCCUGGCCCUCCUGAGGCCAGGUUAGGAGACGGACUCCCAGUCUUCCUCUUCCUCCAUCCAGGUCACCUCCCCCGCCCUGGCUGCACUGUGACCUUUAGUGGGAGGGGGAGGCCACAAUGAGACCUUCCUCGGUAAAUCGAAUGGUGGGGAGUCCAAGUUGGAUACUAGAUCAUGAACCCCGAAUGCUCACUCCCUGUCCCCGUUCCCCCCCCCCCCCCCCCCAGGAGCAAAGGGGCCUCGGCCUGGGUGCCCCACCCCUGCUGUGAGCGAAGACCAUUAAAGCCUUUGUUG